CGGUUCCUAAGUUGAGUUUUCCCAGCGGUAGCUGCCGAUAGACUUUUAUUGACCUUGCCCUUAGGAAUCAGAGGCACUUAGAAGCUCCACCACACCGUCAUGGAUGCAGCGGAAAGCAGUAAAUUAAGCGAUGGGAUCGAUGCGCCGAUGUGGAUGUUUUGGAAGCGACGCCGGUACAUUGUGGUUGUGAUGGCCUUUCUGGGAUUUUUAAAUCAGUACACGAUGCGGACGAAUCUGAGCGUAGCCAUCGUGGCCAUGACGGAGAACAGAACGCUGGUGAUCGAUAAUGGGACGGUUCAUUAUGAACAAUAUUUCGAUUGGAGCUCUAGCGUGCAAGGGUACGUGCUGAGCUCGUUCUUCUACGGCUACCUGAUCACGCAGAUACCCGGAGGCUACGUUUCUCAAUGGUUUGGUCCUCAUAUUGCUUUUGGAAUUGGUGUUGGAGUAUCGGCAGUCCUUACGCUUUUGACCCCUCUGGCUGCUCAUGGAGGCGUCGGAUGGAUGAUUGCUGUUCGUGUUCUAGAGGGCAUAUUCCAAGGCGUAACCUUUCCGUGCAUGCAUUCAAUCUGGGCCCGAUGGGCGCCUCCGAGCGAACGAUCCCGAAUGGUUCUGUUCGCAUUUGCUGGUGUGUUUAUGGGAACGAUCCUGGCCAUGCUGUUGAGUGGGGUUUUGGCAAAGCACUGGAAUUGGGAAAGUGUGUUCUACUUCUUCGGUGCAUUCGGCUGCGCUUGGUAUGUUGGAUGGUUGAUGCUCGUACGAAGAUCUCCGGAAGAAGACCGAUUCAUAACAACAACAGAAAAGGAAUUUAUCCUACAAAGUCUGGGUAGAGUUGCAGAGGACAACGAAAAGGUGAAACAUCCCUGGAAGGGCAUCCUUACGUCAACGGCUGUAUAUGGAUUGGUGACGGCAAAUUUUUGCCACAACUGGGGCUUCUACACUCUAUUGACACAGCUACCAAGAUUUUUGAAGGAUGCAAUGCACUUUGAAGUUCAAUCCAGCGGUUUCAUUUCUGCACUGCCAUACUUUGGAAUGAGCAUCACCUUGUACAUUGCCGGAUACCUUGCCGAUUGGUUCCAGAUCAAAGGCAUACUCACCACGACCCAAGUUCGGCGAAAUUUCAACUGUGGUGCUUUCUUGGUCCAAUGUUUGUCCAUGAUUGCAGCAGCGGUGAUCUUUACUCCGAUUGCAUCCAUCAUCUUUAUAACGCUGGUGGUGUCGGCAGGAGCGUUUGCAUGGAGCGGUUAUGCCGUAAAUCACCUAGAUCUGUCACCCAAAAGCGCCGGCUUGCUGAUGGGCAUCUCGAAUUCGUUUGGCACGGCUGCGGGAAUUAUAACUCCGAUUGUGGUUGGAUAUCUUACGGAAAACAACUCUCCCGAUGAGUGGAAGGUGGUGUUCUACAUUGCAGCGGGAAUUUAUGCGUUUGGAUUUGUUGUUUAUUGGUUUUGGGCUUCCGGAGAGCUACAACCGUGGUCUAUCGAGAUGCAGGAGCGUGAAGAAAAGGAACGGGAACAACGGAACGAGUGUUUUGUUUAUGUUAAUAAAAUCAAAGUGGAAGAGUGA